CAAAAUAAUCCAAUACAGAUGCAUUUUUCCUCUGUGAUUAUCUAGCGGGCUUUUCGCCAAUUCUUCAAAAUAAUACAUAUUUAAGUCUCUAAAAGUUGAAAGACGAAGAAGAAGAAGAAGAAAAAACAGCUAAGAUUAAAAGGUCUCAAAGUGCUGCUGAGAGACAUUUAUCUCUCUCGUGUUGUCAGUUGACAAAGUGACUCCGGAUCGUGUGAGAGUGCUGCAAAAAUUAAACCAAAUAAAUAUUUCCCCUUUUUUCAUUGACUCCGAAAUUAUUAAAAAAAAAACGUUUAUCUCUAUCUCAUUCUCUCUCUCUCUCUCUCUCUCGAGUGACAAGCGAGAAAAGCAGAGAAAAAAAAUUGAGGGAAAACGUCAUUGAAGAGCGCGGAAAAAUCCCAUUGAGAUCGACUUCUUAUCUAAUUUUCUUUUUUUUUUUUUUGGUGAAAUGUAUCAUAUUGGAUUUUAAGUGUUUUUUUUUUCUUUUGGAGUGAAGAAAAAUAUUUCCCCUUUAAAUGGAGUUUAAAGUGACUUAAUAGAUCAAGUGAAGUUGUGUGUGUGCCUUUUUUGUGAGUUGUAUUGGGAGAGUUAGAGAGAGAGCACAAAUUUUUUGGGGGGAUCAAUUUGUGAAAGAGAAGGAAAAAGAGAAGAAAAAAAAUGGACGAAUCUGGUGUUGAUCUCAAUUACGAUUUUGACUUCGAUUGUAGCGUCUUUGAGGAUGAUACAAGCCUUAGCAUGUUACUUAAACCCAGUGAUUUCUACGAGCUUAAGUCCAAAACUGUUCCUCCUGCCGAUCAAUCGCCAACCUUCAAGACGGCCACUUUGACGUCACGAACAAAUCUACGGCAGCAACUGCAACGGGAACAGCAGCAAGAUCUCGAGAGACGCGAAGCUGAACGUAGAGCAAAUCUUCAGCCACCACCAACAAGUAGUCCAUCCUCUACGUCAUCAUCGGGUCAGGCCACAACAACCUCAACAUCCAGCCUCAAAGUUAGUCUGGCCAAUGUUGAAGUACCGCCUCAGGUGCUCAAAGUUCAGACAGCCUUGGAAAAUCCAACAAGGUACCAUGUCAUCCAGAAGCAGAAAAAUCAAGUACGAAAGUUCCUCAAUGACUCCUUUCACCAUCCAUCAACAUGGACUGAAUGUGGUCAAUCCUUCAAAUAUCAACAUCCGAAGGAAUUCACUGAUUUCACCCAGAGAGCUACCUAUCCUCAACCCGUAGGACUCCCACCACCACCUGGACCUAUUCAUGGUUCUAGGGCAGCUGCCAUUUCUUCCACUGCUAGUCCAGACACAGCCAUCUCACCCAGUAUCAGCUCCGUGGCUACCAGCACGACAUCUGGCGAGGCUGACGAGCUCAUCGAUGAAUUUCUCUACUAUGAUACCCAAUUUAGCCGUGGAAAUCCCUUUAAGGCGGAAAAGGUGCCGGAAACGAGCAUUAAACAGGAGCCACAGCAAUUGACGGAACAGGAAAAGAAGGACCGAAUGAAGAAGGACAAUCACAAUCAAAUUGAACGACGCCGACGAUUUAAUAUAAAUGACAGAAUAAAGGAAUUAGGAUCACUUCUGCCAAAAAAUCCUGAUCCUUUUCAUGAAGUUGUUCGGGAUACGCGUCCCAACAAAGGUACCAUUCUCAAAUCAUCGGUUGAGUACAUAAAAUGCCUUAAGAAUGAAGUGACACGUUUGAGAGCAUCGGAAAUGCGUAGUCAAGAGAUGGAAAAGGUCAAUUCGCGCCUUUUGUCACGGAUUAAGGAACUCGAGCUCCAGAUUAGGCAUAAGCUGAGUGAAAGUGGCGUAGGCGGAGGCGGAGGAGGAGGGUAUCAGGGUAGUUUGAUGCCAUUGCAGGAGGGUUUUGGAAUAACUGCAGCAGCUGCACAUCUUGAGGAUACAGCAAUGCUCCUUGAUGAUGCUGGAAAGCUACCAGAUGUCAGUGAUAUCAGCCUAAGUCAGCUGGAAGAUCUGAUGGAUGAUGAACAUGUUAAUCAUGGUGAUCCAAUGCUAUCGGACAUUUUAUCUGGCCAAACACCGCCAACACGAACCAAAACCAAUCAUUUAAGCAUCAGGCGUCCCUUUCCGGUGCCAUCUGGUAGCUCUGGUAGUACUUGUGGCCUAACUGGAGGUGAUCCAAUGCUCUCAUCCAGUACAGCUCCCAUCGAUCUUGGUUGCAUUGGUGAUCCAAUGCUCUCAUCACAUGGUCUCCUUGGCUCUCCAGACCGAGAUCUCGAUAUGGACCUCAGCGCCUAGCCUGCGCCUAAAACCCCAAUCUUCCUCCGUCUCCCUCCCCCUUUUUCACUGAUCAUCCUCCUCCUUGGCCCAGCGAACUUAACUUUCCCACAAUUAAAAAAAAAAUAAAAUAAAAUAAAACACAAUCACAAAACAAAAACCCAAUCAAAAGUUUUAAAAAAAGAACUAUUUUUAAAAAGAAAACAUUCCAAGCGCUAUACCAAAAAAAGAAAAAAACAAGAAAUUAAAAAAAAGAAGCAAUAAGAAAAAAAAA